GCCGUUUCCGGGAUCUGUCAGCCUCUUUUUCUGGGCCUCGGUCCUCCGCCCGCGUCUGCGGAGCCUGUUCGCGUCGACUGACCAGAGUCCGCGAAUUCUCCGCUCCGAUCCCGACCGACCUUCCCCCAUCCCAGCUUUCUAUUGUUUGAAAACUCUAAGAAUAAUGUCCCUGCAUCAGUUUUUACUAGAGCCAAUCACCUGUCAUGCCUGGAACAGGGAUCGUACCCAAAUUGCCCUUAGCCCCAAUAAUCACGAAGUGCACAUCUAUAAGAAAAACGGGAGCCAGUGGAUAAAAGCUCAUGAACUCAAGGAGCACAACGGACACAUCACAGGUAUUGACUGGGCUCCCAAAAGCGACCGCAUCGUCACUUGUGGGGCAGACCGCAAUGCCUAUGUCUGGAGUCAGAAAGAUGGUGUCUGGAAGCCAACCCUGGUGAUCCUGAGAAUUAAUCGCGCAGCCACUUUUGUGAAGUGGUCCCCCUUAGAGAACAAAUUUGCUGUGGGAAGUGGAGCACGACUCAUUUCUGUUUGUUACUUCGAGUCUGAAAAUGACUGGUGGGUAAGCAAACACAUUAAAAAGCCGAUUCGCUCUACAGUGCUUAGCUUGGAUUGGCAUCCCAACAAUGUUUUGCUGGCAGCAGGAUCAUGUGACUUCAAAUGCAGGGUGUUUUCUGCCUAUAUUAAAGAAGUGGAUGAAAAGCCAGCCAGUACACCCUGGGGCAGCAAGAUGCCUUUUGGUCAGCUGAUGUCAGAGUUUGGGGGCAGUGGCACAGGUGGCUGGGUCCAUGGGGUCAGCUUCUCCGCCAGUGGGAGCCGCCUGGCCUGGGUCAGUCAUGACAGCACCGUGUCUGUUGCUGAUGCUUCAAAAAGUGUACAGGUCUCAACUCUGAAAACAGAGUUCCUACCACUCCUGAGUGUGUCAUUUGUCUCGGAGAAUAGCGUUGUGGCUGCUGGUCAUGACUGCUGCCCAAUGCUCUUUAACUACGAUGACCGUGGUUGCUUGACCUUUGUGUCCAAGUUAGACAUUCCAAAACAGAGCAUCCAGCGCAACAUGUCUGCUAUGGAACGUUUCCGCAACAUGGACAAGAGGGCCACGACCGAGGACCGCAAUACAGCCCUGGAGACGCUGCACCAGAAUAGCAUCACUCAAGUAUCUAUUUAUGAGGUGGACAAGCAAGAUUGUCGCAAAUUUUGCACUACUGGCAUUGAUGGAGCCAUGACAAUUUGGGAUUUCAAGGUCAUCUGCAGGAGGGAACCACACCUUUUCAGUGAGAUGGAAUAUACACUUUUAGAUGUCCAUUUAUUUGUUGAGGAAAAAUCGAGUGCUGUUGGGCCAGGAGCCAUGGCUCACACCUGUAAUCCUACCACUCUGGGAGGCCGAGGCAGGUGGAUUGCCUCAGUUCACAGGUUCAAGACCAGCCUGAGCCAGAGCGAGACCCCGUGUCUAAAAAACAGUUGGGCAUGGUGGCAGGCGCCAUUCUCUAGAGAGGUAAAUUCUAGAUAUUUCAGAGGGGAAAUACUUUUGUAUUUAAUCUGUACUUGGGAGGCUAAGGCAAGAGAAUCACUUGAGCCCAAGAGUUUGAGGUUGCUGUGAGCUAUGAUGCUACAGCAUUCUACUAAGGGUGGCAAAGUGAGACUCUGUCUUAAAAAAAAAAAAUUGAGUGUUGAUUUUGAAGCGGGCCCUCUGUUGGGCACCAGCCUAGGUUUAACUAUAUUUAAUAGAUACAUUAUGUUUUUCUCUGAUCAACUUGGUAAAUGUUUAUUAAAUGUCUCCUGGGUGCCAGGCAGGGGCUUGUCUGGUAGAAGAUAGGUGGGUCCCGGAUUAGAGGGGGCAAGUGAUGGGGCUGCAGAAAAGAAGGCAGUGCUUCUCUUUUCACAAGCGGGGGUGGGGUGGGAGGGGUACAUGGGCUGUACUACUGCAGGGAAGAGGUUGUACCUGAGCUACAUCUCCAGAUUUGAGGGAUUGGGAAGGGGGUGAUGGGACCACGACCUGAGGAAGUAGAGGUAUGUGUCCUGGGCUACAAGGGCAGCACAGACAGAGCAGUAUACAGUUCAGAGAGUGCAUGCUGCAUCUCAUCCAGCAUUGCUGGUGGUGUGGCUUCAACAGAAGCACAGAAAUGUAACUAGGAAAAAGGGCCUGGGUGUGGUCACAGGGAAGACACCGACCUUUGUCUGCAGGCAGCAGGAACUGUCAGAACCUACGUGGAUAGGUACCAGGCUGCAGGUGGAUAGCCUUCAAAGGGCCACUGAGGGUCCAGGCAGAGCAGCUAAGUACAGUGAACAAGUGAUAAGGAUGUGAACUCCUGCAGUGGCAGAAGGUGAGGCUAGGAGCUUUUGGACUAGAGAGAUUGAGGAGGCUAAAUGGAAGGCUCUUGACAAUGAGGGACAAAUGCAGGAAGAACUCCACCCCUUCUAGCUGGGCAUUGGCUAGUGAUUGGUGAGACAGGAACUAGGGAAGAGGAGGAGCACAGGUAAGAGAAAGAUAGCUCCUGCCCGUGGCUCUGAGUUAACUUCUCCUGGUUGUUAAUCUCCAGAUUAGACCAACAUUUACAUAGUUUUGCCACUGCGCAUUUCCAUGAUGUUUGAUUCCCCCUGCCCCUUACCUUGGUCAAAUACUUAGUAUAGAAAAGCUUGCGUGGCACCUGUGGCCCAGUGGGUAGGGCGCCAGCCCCAUAUGCCGAGGGUGGUGAGUUCAAACCUGGCCCCCGCCAAACUGCAACAAAAAAAUGGCUGGGCAUUGUGGCGGCUGCCUAUAGUCCCAGUUACUUGGGAGGCUGAGGCAAGAGAAUCGCCUAAACCCAGGAGUUGGAGGUUACUGUGAGCUGUGUGAUGCCAUGGCACUCUACCAAGGGCGAUCAAAUGAAACUAUCUCUACAAAAAAAAAAAAAGAAAGAAAAAGAAAAGCUUCCAGGAGGGGCGGCCUCUGUGGCUCAGUGAGUAGGGCACCAGUCCCAUAUACCAAGGGUAGUAGGUUCAAACCUGGCCCUGGCCAAACUGCAACAAAAAAAUAGCUGGGCCUUGUGGCAGGCACCUGUAGUCCCAGCUACUCAGGAGGCUGAGGCCUAGGCCCAGGAGUUGGAAGUUGCUAUGAGCUGUGACACCAUAGCACUCUAUGGAGAGUGAUAAAGUGAGACUCUGUCUCUAAAAAGAAAAAGAAAAACUUCCAGGCUAGGUGUGGUGGCUCACACUUAUAAUCCUAGCACUCUGGGAGACUGAAGUGGGAGACUAUAGCUCCAGAGUUUGAGACCAGCCUGAGCAAGGGCAAGACCCUGUCUCUACUAAAAAUAGGAAAAUUAGCUGUGGUAGCUACCUGUAGUCCCAGUUUCUCAGGAGGCUGAGGCAGGAGGAUCACUUAAACUCAGGAGUUUGAGAUUUUUGUGAGCGAUGACAAUGCCAGGCACUCUAUCCUGGGAUAACAGAGUGAGACUGUCAAAAAAAAAAAAGCUUCUACUCCAUGAAGAAAUGGUCUUUCUCAAAAGUUCUACUCUCCUUUCACCUUCCCAUCUUUAUGUCCUGGGCUUCUUCAUUCCUGUGUAAUUAUCACUACCUGAUCCCAAGGUCCAACUUCCUUUCUCUCUUUGUUCUUAUGUGAAGUGUGUGUGUGUGUGUGUGUGUGUGUGUGGUGGUGCGGGGGGAAGGGGACUGUCCCUGGGUACUUUUGUUUUUAAUGUAUAUGCCUUUGGGCAUCUGCUAUGUGGAGGGUGCCAGACUGGCUGCUGUGUGGCCUAUAGAAACAUAGGAGAGCUGGCCAUUGGGGCAUUUAGCAUAUAGUGAUGAGGCAAGGUACAUGGGCUCAUGACACAGGUAGGAAGAACGGAGUAGGGCACCAGCCCCAUAUGCCAGAGGUGGCGGGUUCAAACCCAGCCCCGGCUAAAAACUGCAAAAAAAAAAAAAAAAAAAAAAGAACUGACCGGGCGUGGUGGCUCAUGCCUGUAGUCCCAGCGUUGUGGGAGGCCGAGGCGGGUAGAUUGCCUGAGCUCAGAGGUUCAAGACCAGUAUGAGCAGCAGUGAGCCAGAGUAAGACCCUGUCUCUACUAGCAUCAAAGAGCCGGACGUUGUGGUGGGCAUCUGUAAUCCCAACUACUGGGGAGGCAACGGGAAAGAACAUUGCCAGAGGAAGAAGAAAAUGAACAAAAAAAAAGAGUACUUCAAACGAAGAAGAAUGAGCAAGCAAGCAAGCUGAAAUUAAAAAAAAAAAAAAAAAAAAAAGAACAAAUAGGGUCAUAGGAAUGAUGGGUGUGUGGCCUGGAGGACCAGCCCAAUUCUGGAGUUUCUGCAGGGCAAGUGCUGGGAAGGUUGUCCCAGAGGUGGGUGGGGCCAGAUGUGGGGGAAAGGGGGCCUGCACCUCAACCAGGAGGAGAGGGCAUAGUGUGGUACCUUGAAGAAAGCUCUAGGGCUCACAGUCCUCAGUAAUGAUCAGUCUCCUUCCCACCUUUUUCAAGACCUUAGAAUCUUCUAUCCAGGGCCUCCGGAUAAUGUGAAGCUGAGUGAGCCUCUGCCAUCCAGCACGACAAACAGUCGCUGACCGCAACUUUGCCAUUGGAUGGAGAGGAAAGCCAGCCCCAAGGAAACACUGAAAACACAUAUCGUGCAAAUAUUGUGUGGUUUUGUUUGAGUAUAAAAUUGGUGAAAGUAUUGGUUUUUUUAAAGCAGCAGUGAUUUUUUUUUUUUUUUUUUUUGGCUAUUUCAUUCCAUUCUUGACCAAAGCUUCUCUUUAAGUAGUUAUUAUGGAGAAUUGUCAUACUAACUUAAAGGAAAGGGUGAGGGAGAUAUGUAAAUCUGUCCAGUAGAAAAUUAAAUUAAAAUACUGAAUAUGG